AUGCCUCUCGCGCCAGUCAUCGCCCUCUCUCAUGGAGGAGGCCCCAUGCCUCUCCUGGGCGACCCAGGCCACAAAUCCAUCGUCUACUCCCUCCAGCACCGCGUCCCCAAGAUCCUCUCCCUCGCCACGUCACCCCCCAAGGCCAUCAUCCUCGUCACCGCCCACUGGUCCACCGCCACACCCACCAUCUCCUCCGGCGCGCACCAUGACCUCCUCUACGACUACGGCGGCUUCCCCAAGGAGGCUUACGAGGUCAAGUACCCAGCCCCCGGCCACCCGCAGGUCGCGCAGCAGAUUGCCGCCGCGUUCGAGAAGGAGGGUCUCGAGGGCGUCAAGCUGGACCCCACGCGGUCCUGGGAUCACGGCGUCUUUGUUCCCAUGAAGCUCACCCGUCCCGAGGCCGACAUUCCCAUUGUCCAAAUCUCCGUCCUCCAGGACGAGGAUCCAGCGCGCCAUCUACGCAUGGGCCGCGCCCUGCACGCGCUGCGCGCCGAGAACAUUGCCAUUGUCGGCAGUGGCUUCGCGUCGUUCCACAAUCUACGCACCAUGAUGGCCAUGCGCAGCGGCCGGAGCGCGGAGAAGGAGCAGGUCAUCAAUUACUCGCGGGCGUGGAACAAGGCACUCACCGAGGUCGUCUCGGGGGAGGAUGUCUGGCGCGGACUCGAGGGGUGGCGCGCGCUGCCGUACGCGGACAUGAUGCAUCCGCCGCGCGGGGGCGAGCAUUUCAUGCCGUUGAUUGUGUGUGCGGGUGCCAAGGCGCCGGAGGAGAAGGCGAAAUGGUACGUGGAUGAGUAUCUGGGCGUGGAUAUAUAUACGUACUACUGGGGCGGGGAGGAGGUCGAGUAG